CAAUUGCAAAAACAGUCCAGCUCCAAGUAAAAGAAGUGUUGCGCCGCAGCAGCAUCCAUCAAACGGGAGACCCACUAUAAUUCCCUAACAGACGUCUUUCACGAAUCACGCACCAUGCACGCCUCAUCCAGACGUCGCCUACUCGCCAUGUGCUCGCCGACUCGUCGGAGACGCAUGCUAACUCAGUAACUCCCUAAGCUGCUUGGACCACUCGGCGUCUGCUCCUUCUCCGGCUCCCCUGUGCGGACUGCGCAGCUCCUCAAUCUUACUCCUUCAAGAGUUCAAGCCAAGGUUGAAGCUAGCUAGGGCUUACUACCCACACCUUCAUACGGGUGAAGUCGACUCAAGGAAGACGUGGUUCGUGCUUCUUUAUUACUUUCAAAUUUACAAACACUUGCUCAUAAUAUAUUUUUUAUCAUAAACUAUUUUGGACCUGUGAGUCCAUGUUUUGGCAGGAUGUGGCCCAUGACUUACCAUUGAAUAUUUACACUCUUCAUUGAUUUAAAUGUGAUGUUGUUAUGUAUGUUUAUUUACUGAUGUUAUUCAAUCUCAACGACAAUCAUACGAUGAACACAACAAUAUUGACACAUUAAAACAACUUUCAUAGAAUGCUUGAGAAUGAUGAUGAAUUACAGCACAGAGUAUUCUACGGAGAAGUUCUUCUAUCUACUCUUCCGCUACACAAUAAUAUGGCUAAUAAUAGAGAAUAGUGCGGUUAGAGAUCGGUAGGUUCUACGAUUAACCUAUGACCCUUUAUAUAGGUGAGGUUCAUCAGACUCCUAAUUACAUUAAGAUGGACAGAAUGAACAAUUAAAUGGCCACUAAUUAAUUACAAAUCCCACUAAUUAAAUCUAAUAGACAAAGAUAAAUAUAAUUAAAUUGAACACAAUAAAAUAUGUUCUAAAAAUCUCCCCCUUUGUGUUCAAUUUGUAAUGAAGCAUGGGUUAUUUUUGUCUUGAUCUUCAGUGCAGUUCAGCUUUUUUGUCUUCUUAGAAAGUCUUUGUGAAGAAAUCCUUAUAAUCUCCCCUUUGUUGUCUCCUUGAUAAUUUGUUCUUUGAUGCUUGGGGUUGAAGGAUCUUUAAAAUCUUUCAUGUAGUCCUUGCCUUUCAGAUGUUUCUCUUGAUCAGCUUGAAUGAAGUCUGAUGGCGCCUCUAGAAUGACUAUUCUUGAAAAGUUUCAGGCGCACACGUGAUUCUUCUUCAAUUUGAUGUCUUUUGACUAUUUGAUGUCAAUGCUUUUGUGGAUAACUUGUCGGUGGCACAACGGAAAAUGAUGAUUGAGUUAUGAGUAUAUGCUGACCAUUUGAUGUGAAGCUGAGUGGGCAGAUAUGUAUGUCGGAGGAGAGUAGUGUCCGAGAAUGAUCUUUGAAAUUUUAUAAGCACUUGGACCGCUGAGUUUUCCUCCCUAGUAGUCUUGAGUUUGGCAGCAGGGUUGCAUGUGUGUGAGUUUCAUUGUUUACGUAAACUUGAUCUUGUGACAUAACUGUGUGUUCCCAUGGAAGACCUAUACACAAAAUUAUCCUUGGAAGAUGAGGAUACUGAGGAGAUAGAUGUGAGCGAGGCAGUUCAAAGUCCUGCACAGGUGGGUUCAUCAUUCAUGACAGUUGGAUGAAUCCUGUCUGACAAACAGGUAAAAUUCCCAUACUUUAGAGACACUAUGACUGAUAUCUGGAGGCCGGGGAGGGGAGUCAAUAUCAGCUAGUGGGUGGAGAAGGCAGAGCUUUGGGACAAGCUUGCAGGUGGAGGUCUGAUGGAUUAUUAGGGGGGCCUUCGUGCAGUUCUGGAAGGAUGAAUCAAAUAGGAAGGGAGGAACCUCUACAUGCUGAGUUGACAGAAAGGGAUGGGAACUUAAUGCUGGCAAUCUGGGAAAGAAGCAGACACAGGAGGAGCCCCUAAGAAGAGGAAGGCAGAUGGGGAAGAUGAGAACCAAUUCAAAAUGGUAGAAUGGAGGUGGAUAACAUUGAAGAUCAGUCAAAAAACGUGAUUGGGGCGGGUCCUGGCAGUCAGGCCCGCCUGGCAUUAUGACGUGCUUAUGCUGGAAUUACCGAGGGCUUGGCAACCCUUUGGCAAUUCAAGUGCUAGUGGACUAUGUUCACUCUAAGCGGUCAAAUAUUGUGUCUUUAAUGGUGACUUUCUCUAAUAGUUCAAAGGUAGAAGAGGUUAUGGGGAAAGUGGGGAUGUCAUCUUGUUUUGCAGUUGAUAAUGAUGGGCAUCGUGGGGGCUUACAACUAAUUUGGGGUGAUGGUGUAGUGGUUCAGAUUCGGGAAGCGAGUCCCCAUUUUAUUGAUGUAACGGUUCAGUUGGAGAAGGUGCCACUAAGUGGUGUUUUACCGGCUUUUAGUGAUCAAGGAGACGGUAGUCUUGGGAAUUACUAAAAUCUUUAAGUAUGAGGUUAGAUUUGCCAUGGUUAGUGAUGGGUGACUUCAACGAUCUUAUGUUCGAAGGAGAGAAGCGUGGCAGAAUUCCAUAUCCACCUUGGUUACUUCGAGGAUUCAGGGAGACAAUUUGGGCAAGUGGUUUGAGCAACUUUCAUUUUGAAGGAUACUAGUUCACUUGGGAACGAUGGCGGGGGACUUCGAAUUGGGUGGAAGAAAAAUUGGACAGGAUUCUGGUUUCUGAAAGUUGGUAAUGCAACGGCUGGAGCUUUAGAGGGAUCUCCCAGUGACGAUAUGGCUUUUGUUAUUAAGCUUCAAUCAGUUAGAGGGGUUCAGAGAAGAAGAUUCAAAUUCGAGAAUGUCUGGCUUUGAGAAGAUGACUGCCGAGAGGUGGUAGUCCGGGGUUGGUUCAUGGGAAGAGACAAGGGGGUGGUGGGUCAGAUUGAGGAUGUUAGAAGGGAUGUAGGUUUCUGAGGGAAAGAUCUGAGUGGGGACUACAUCAAACACAUGAGCUUCUGUAGGAAGUGUAUGAAUUACUUACGACAGAAUUUUGAUGGUUAGAGCGUUGUUGAGUUUGGUAGAGUGAAGACAGAAUACUUAGCUCUCUUAGAGAAGGAAAAUCUGUUAUGGAGACAAAGGGUGAAAGAGUUUUGGUAUAGGGGCGGGGAACUCAACACUUGGUUUUUCCACAAUGCGGUUAAAUCCAGAAGAAGGAGGAAUAGAGUAGAAGGCUUCAAACUGGAGGGAGGGAAUUGGGAGCGGAAUAGGGAGAAGCUGGGAAGGAUGGUGGAGGAUCAUUUCAUUAAUAUUUUUUCUUCUGUGCAGGGAGAUCGGGAGUCUGUCCUUAAGUGUGUAUCGCCUAAAUUGGAGGAGCACCAAAACCAGGGGUUGCUAGAGCCGAUUCAGGCAGAAGAAGUUAAGGAAGCUGUCUUGUAACCGGAUAAAUCACCUGGUCCGGAUGGCAUGAGUCUUGGUUUUUAUCAACAUUUGUUGGGAUGUGAUUGGCCCGGAUGUGGUGGAUUAUUACAAAGCUUCCUUUGAGUUGGGAACAUUACCAGAAAAGGUAAACCAUACUCAUAUAGUGUUGAUUCCUAAGAAAGAUACUCCAGAGGUUAUAGGAGAUUGGAGACUCAUUUCCCUUUGCAAUGUGAUUUAUAAGAUUUUUGCCAAGGUGUACGAAUAGAUUGAAAGGCCUACUGCAUGACUGUAUUUCUGAAUCUCAAAGUGCUUUUAUUCCUGGGCGAUCGAUAGUAGAUAAUGUUAUGAUUGCUUUUGAAUCUCAACAUUAUCUAAAAAGAAAAAGGC